CGUUCAGUUCGGUUUCGCUUUGCUUUCGAAAGGUUUUCAAUUUAGUUUCGUUCUGCACUCCUCAUUCGGUUCGGUUUCGUUUUGUGAAUUUCGCUUUAAUUUGGUGUAAAGAAAUUUUGUUAAUAAGCUAAACGUGAUUUCUAAAGCGAUGAGCGAUGGCAAAAUGUGAUUGCGAUUUCUUUAUCGAACGAAAUUGCGAAUUUGCCAAGAAGCAUUUGUGCCAUAAUUACUUGUGUAUGCUAAGUCUUUAGAUAUGUAGACAUAUGUACAUAUGUAUAUCUAUAGUGCUCAAAGUGUGUGCUCCAGUUUUUCUGAUUUCCAAAAUAGAAAAACAACACAGAUUCGUGAAAUAUUUCAAUUGUGAAAAAUUCAUCAGCUAGUGGGCUAUAAAUAGCCAGUUGAAAUCUUUUUGGCUUCCAUAUUAAUUUUCAGAAUAACUUUACUCGCUGCGAAUCCCAUACACUUCGGUCAUUCGGCCGAGCACUUUUCGUCCAUAGUAUUCGGUCAACGAGAGUUUGGUUAUUUUCGCAAGUGAAAGUGUGUUUGUGUGUGCGCGUGUGUUGGAGGAUCCCAAAUGGGUUUUGACAAACACCACCCAUUGCUCAAGUGAAAACCGCAAGUGCCACAAGGCCAAAGAUAAACACUUUUUUGUAUCGAAAGUAAAGACCUUACGCAAAUUCACUGAUAAACAAACAAACAAAAAGCGGAAGACGAUUGAAACAAUAAUUUAUGAAAUGCAGGAAUUUUGUUAAAUUUGUUGAAGCGUGAUUUUGUUUCUUCGCUGUGAUUUUCGACAUUUUUAAUUUAUUUGAAUUUGCUUAUUCUUCUUUGACUGGAGCUAAGAAGUUCACUUAAUUCGGCACGAUAUGAUGCGUAAAACUUGAUUUAUGCAUCUGCCAUCGCAUUGAAUUAUGGAUUUAGCAGAUCAAAUCGAUGAUUAUAUUUGUUCAUUUGAAGGAAUUGGUGAUUUAACAAUGGACUCACUAGCAAUGUUCAUAUUUAUUUGGGCUGUAUUGGCCCUCUUCUUAGUAUGGCUGUGUAAAUUUUUAUACAAUAAAUAUAUGGUAAAUAACAACAACAAAACGCCGACAAGUCAGAGCAACAGUCGGCAGAGCAGUGUGGCGCCCGGUGCUGCCAGUGCAGCGAAAACUGAAGCGAGCAAACGACUAUCCGAGCCGAGAGAGGUGAUGGCGAGCAAAGCAGAUUUUAAGGACUUAGCCGCCAAACCCGGUGGUGCUGCACGCGGUCGCGCGCCCGGUGGCGGUGCUGGGGGUGCAGCUGCUGGUGCUGGCGCACGCCGCCGCAUGGUGCGACAGGGCUCUACUGGACCAGAAAGCCGCAAAAAACGUUAUGUGCCGCCACCCUCCAAUGUUGUUGGCCCCGAAACAACUUCCGUUACUUGGACUAGUCAAGUGUUCCGUUGGCUUUACAGCGAUCUUGUGAUUGUCAACGAAUUGCUAACCUCUUGGGUUAUAGCCUUAAAUGAAACGCUGAAGAAAUCGAUGGAAGAGCAUGGCGUCGCAGUGGAGGUGGUGCGCGUGCUGCCCGACAGUCCACCACCCAGUUUGAACAAUAUAUUUUGCAACUGUGAUGAAACGAAUCCAUCGAAUAUGCUGAUCACCUUUGAUUGUGAUGCACAGCCGGUGCUGCAGGUGAAGACGUACCGCCAGAAGGCCGGCAAGGUUGAUACCUCCCAUUACAAAGUGACCAUCUCCCGCUUCCGUGCACGCAUGGCUACCGCCAUGAACUACAACACACUCAAAGGCGAGAUGAAGGUGGAUGGUUAUCCCGAUAUCCGCGUUGCCAUGAAUAGUGUGGGCGCCAUCAAGCCAAUGGAUCAAGAUGAGCAGCAGCUGCAAGGAGUCAUUAGUGACAUAAUCACGGCCACACUGCGCGACACCGUCUAUCCAGUCGACUUUUCGGUCUACGCAACCUGCCCACGGGCCGAGAUCGACCCGCUUGACAUGCCUGUAAUAUAUCCCGUCAAUUAUGAUGCGUUAGCGAGGGCUUAUCAAUAUUAUUAUAAUUAUUGAACAUGAUUUCGCCACUGAAUGUUACAAUUUCCAAAAGACAAAACAUAAAUUUGUAAAGAAACUCGCAUGUUGUACCGAAAAUUAUACACAUACUUAUGUAGAAAUACUAGUUAUCAAAUAAAAGGCAAAUUUCAUUGCCUUCGCAAACUGGAAAACAUGCUUUACAUUGCCUACAAUUUCCCGCUCAUUUCACUCAACAAUUUUUCUCGUUUCAUUUCUCUUUCAUACUUCACCAAAAAA